GACAGCUUCAAACACCAUUACCUAUAUGCAAAUUUAGUUAUGACUAUCAAUCCAUAACUUAAAGUAGUAAGCUUGUUGACAUGAUACAAAGGUAUAUGCUCAUUAUAUUCUGGAGAUGAUUCUGUUUUAUAUGAAAUAGUAUUAGUGAGAUAACUCUUAUAAAUAGUUGGCAUUUACCAAAGCUUAAUAAUCAAUUCAUAUCUCUAUUCCAUCAGUUCUCUCCUAAAUUCAUAAGGUGUACAAUCUUCUGAAGAAGAUAAUCUUGAACUGUUGGAACAAGAAGCAAUUUUAGCAAUGUCUGCAGAUAACAAUCUACAAGUGCUUAAUGCACUUGAUGUGGCCAAGACUCAACUCUACCAUUUCACCACAAUUGUUAUUGCUGGAAUGGGAUUUUUCACUGAUGCCUAUGAUCUCUUCAGCAUUUCACUUGUAACCAAAUUACUUGGGCGUUUAUACUACACCAAGCCAGAGUUAUUGAAGCCCGGAACACUCCCUCCGACCGUCUCAGCGUCGGUCACGGGUGUCGCCCUUGUCGGCACCCUCGCCGGCCAGCUUUUCUUCGGCUGGCUCGGUGACAAGAUGGGCCGAAAAACGGUCUAUGGUAUGACUUUGAUUAUCAUGGUUUUGUGUUCCGUUGCAUCAGGGCUCUCCUUUGGGAGUACUCCUAAGGGUGUUAUGGCCACUCUCUGUUUCUUCAGGUUUUGGCUUGGAUUUGGCAUCGGUGGCGAUUACCCUUUAUCNCCGGCUGAGAUUUUCCCGGCCAGACUUCGAUCAACAUGUCAUGGUAUUUCUGCAGCUGCAGGUAAAGCCGGAGCUAUAGUAGGAGCGUACGGAUUCCUGUACGCUGCACAAAGCAAAGAUCCAACGAAAACCGAUGCAGGAUACCCGGCGGGUAUCGGCAUAAAGAACUCGCUCAUUGCCCUAGGGGCCAUCAAUGCUCUGGGAAUGGUUUGUACCUUCUGUGUGCCAGAGUCCAAAGGAAAAUCCCUGGAGGAAGCAUCACAGGAAACUAUAACUGAAGAAUGAACAGGGAAUGAAUAGCCUCAAAUGGAUUUUGGAGGUAGACUUUGUGAUGCUAAUGCAGUUUUUUUUCCUCCUUUAUUUUCUAUGUAUUUGUUGCUUUAAUUUCCUUUUUCUUUGUAUUGUCUAAGCUUGUUUGCUGUAAUUUUUAAAUUAUUUAUUUUU